AAUUGAAUAACUUUCUUAUAAGACCUGUGAUAUCUCAGUUAGAUAGAACUCAGCUGAUCAGAAUUAUCCGAAAAGAGUAACCAUGUAUGUGACCAGGCUCCUCUCUCAUUACAGAAACAAUCCAGAAUUUCUCUCAUUACCUCUUCAGGGUCCAAACUCAGGUUAUUUAGUAAUCCAAGAUGAAGAAUCUGAGAUUUACUCUUGCUUCGGAUUGUGCAAAAACCGUAUCCUUAUUGAUCUGCCCUUCCCUCAGAACAAAAUUUUAACUACUAUACAUUCUUCCGGUGCUGGAGAACACCGACAUACUUCUUACCAAGAUGCCACCUUUGUUCCUGUUCUAAAUCAACCCUUGUCCAGUAAGCGGUACUAUGUGAUUGAGACCCAUGGAAAACGUAAAGGGAUGGCAUAUGCUUGUUCCAAGGAAGAAGACAUGACCACUUGCUGUUUCUGCAGAUGUGUUAAAGACGUAAAGCCAAGACCAUUUGACCCUCAAGACGUAUAUCAGCAAUUUGAGAUUGCUAAUUGUGAUUCUGCAUGCAGUCAAAGGGGUACUUUCUAUACCAAAUCUGUAACACAGGAUGCUUUCCCUCCUGGCUUUUUAAGGACAAAAGGAUGGCAGAUUAGCACCAAAACUCCGAAAAACUACACACUAGGUGAGGCUCUAGGGAUUGACUCUGCUCUUCGUGCACACCUUCCUAGCUUGAAUUUUCCAUUGUCCCACAAGAGUUCAAAAGCUGUCGUGGUAGGGAAAUGGUAUUGCCCUUUCAUAUUCAUUAAAGAUGGAACGUCAACACCAAGAGAUCAAAUGGCAAAUUCAAUGUUUUAUGAGAUGACACUUGAGCAAAGGUGGGAGAAAAUAUUUGAGUUUGACUAUACUGAUCAUGGCAACGUCGUAAUGGUAGAUGCUGUUGUUCCAAGAGAAUCUGUAUUGGUUGGAGGCAGGGAGGCUGUGUGGAAUAAAAAAAACGUGGUUGGUAACACUAUAUGGUUUAAGAGUUUCGGGAGCCAAGGAGAAGAUGCAAGUGUAGGAUUGAGUUUGGAGAUUGUGGAGAGAAUGAAAUGGGAAGAGGAAAGAGUUGGAUGGGCUGGUGGGGAUGAAAGAGAAGUGAGGGUAAAUAGAGUGGAAGAGUUCAGAGGAGAUGCCGAAGGAUGGAAGAAGUUUGGAUGCUAUGUUUUGGUGGAGAGCUUUGUAUUGAAAAGAAUGAAUGGAAGUGUGGUCAUGACUUAUGAUUUUAUGCAUACUCAUCAAAUCAAAUGCACGUGGGAGUAAAAUAUAUCUGGUUUCAUAAAUUUAUUUCUAGAGGUUAAGUUUUGGUUAUGUGUUGUGAAUUGGUGAAUUCUGUUAGUUUCUUCAUAUGAUGUGUAAGAGUUGAAGUGCAAGUGAUAUUUAUUUGAGGCACUGUGUUGCUGAAAUUUGUAUGAUGUGCAGAAAUGUUUGGUUGCAGAAUUAUCUAUUUGAUAAGAGAAGUACUAAUGGUGUUCUUGUAGAAUCUGUUGUAAGUUUAUGGUGAGUACAAGAAUGACGUUUUCUUAUUGAA